CUCAGUCAGCAACGAUCUGUAUUGGACAAAAAACUUGACUGGUCCCUCUGUAAAUAAAAGAAGGAAACCCGUUGUUAAGUUUUCCCAAAUUUAUAGAUCUCGCACAUUCGUGAAGCCGACAGCAUGAUCAAGCUUUUUUCUCUGAAACAACAAAAGAAAGAUGAAGUUCCGGGUCGGACAGGCAAUCAAAAAAAGGCAUCUGCUGCCCAGCUGCGUAUCACCAAAGAUAUUAAUGAAUUAAACUUACCGAAAACUUGUCAAAUGGAAUUCCCUGACCAAGAUGACUUAUUGAACUUCAAACUAAUAAUUUCUCCAGAUGAAGGAUUUUAUAGAGGGGGAAAAUUUGCUUUUAGCUUCAAAGUUGGUCCUGGGUAUCCCCAUGAACCACCCAAAGUUAAAUGUGAAACGCAGGUGUAUCACCCAAACAUUGACCUUGAGGGGAAUGUUUGUCUCAACAUUUUGCGAGAAGACUGGAAACCAGUAUUAACCAUCAACUCAAUCAUUUAUGGACUGCAGUACCUUUUCCUGGAACCUAAUCCAGAAGACCCUUUGAAUAAAGAAGCAGCAGAAGUACUGCAGACAAAUCGACGAUUGUUCGAGACAAAUGUCCAGAAAUCAAUGCGAGGAGGAUACAUUGGCUCGGUUUAUUUCGAACGAUGCUUGAAAUAACUUCUGUAUAUGAAUCAACAAAAAAAACCAAUGGUUCUUUUCAAAUUUAACUUUCAACCGAUUUUUUAACAUGGAAAAUGUCACAUGUGCAGAAAAAAUAAACAUCCGCGUGCUUUGCGUUCCAUCAUAAA